GAAUGGGAGGAGCAAGUGAUCCACCGGUGCAUCACAUCCUCCGCCGUAAAUCUUGACGACGGCAUGAACCCGCGGCUCGGUUCAUUCGCUCUGGCCGAGUUCUUGGCCAGGAACGAGCACGGAAACCACCACGUGGUCGUCAACAGGAACAAAUCCGUCCGCGGGAUUUUCGGGUACAUGUCGUCGGAGCACAUGGACUCCGGGGAGGCGACUGCCACCGCGGCGGAUGUGUAUAGCUACGGGGUAGUUCUCUUGGAGAUUCUCAUCGGGGAACCGGCGGUGGAUUUUCGCCGGCCGGAGGUGAUCUUUGUUCACAAGCUACAUAAGUUUGAGCAGAGCAAAAGGCCGUAUGAAGAUCUCGCCGACCGGAGGCUGACGGCGGAGAGAUUAAUAAAAGAAGGGAGUGGGAGGGGGAAGAUGAAAAAAAGAAGGGAGAGAGUGGGGGACUGGCAGGGUGGGACUGGGAGUGGGGUGAGGAAGAAGAGAAUGAUAACAAAAUAGUAUUUCACAGACAAAAGAGAACUAAUGAUAACAAAAUAGUAUUUCAAACGUUGGUUAAUCAUUUUAUAUUCAUCUACAAAAAAUCAAAUUCAAAUAAAUGAUUAUUUAAAUAAAAGAUCAUUUGUAAUUCAUCAACAGUUUAAUCAACUAUUCAAAACCAA